AUGGACACGGAAGGGAGCCCGAGCAGCCUGUCGUCCGUCACGGACAACUCCCCCCACGACCCCUGCAAAAUGUUCAUCGGGGGUCUGAGUUGGCAGACGACGCAAGAGGGCUUGAAGGAUUACUUCUGCAAAUUUGGAGAGGUGAAGGAGUGUACAGUAAUGCGUGAUCCCAUCACGAAGAGGUCGAGGGGGUUUGGGUUCGUUACAUACGCAGACCAGGCCGGUGUGGAAAAGGUGCUGGCCCAAAACAGACAUGAGCUGGACUCCAAAACAAUCGACCCAAAAGUUGCUUUUCCCCGCCGGGCUCAGCCUAAGUUGGUCACACGGACAAAGAAGAUCUUUGUCGGAGGACUGUCAGUCAACACCACUAUUGAAGACGUGAAGCAAUACUUUGACCAAUUUGGAAAGGUCGACGAUGCCAUGCUUAUGUUCGACAAAACAACCAACAGACACAGAGGCUUUGGUUUUGUCACCUUUGAGAAUGAAGAUGUUGUUGAGAAAGUGUGUGAGAUUCAUUUUCACGAGAUCAACAAUAAAAUGGUGGAGUGUAAGAAAGCACAGCCAAAGGAGGUGAUGACACCUACAAGUUCAGCCAGAGGUCGAUCCAGAGUGAUGCCCUAUGGGAUGGACGCCUUCAUGCUGGGCAUUGGCAUGCUUGGCUAUCCAGGCUUCCAGACCACCACCUACACCAGUCGUAGCUACUCUGGAAUUACGCCUGGUUACGCCUACCAGUUCCCAGAAUUCCAUUUAGAGAGGACCCCUCUCCUGACAUCUUCCCAUCCCCCUGAGCUGACAGCCAUUCCACUGACCGCAUAUGGACCAAUGGCAGCGGCGGCAGCAGCAGUUGUUAGAGGUAUCUAUCGCUUCUACUACCUAGGCGCCACCCCUUCUCGCACAGCUGGUUUUCUGAGUACCAGCAGCCCUGGACCAAUGGCUGACUUGUAUGCCGCAGCAAAUCAGGACUCAGGAGUAAGCAGCUACAUUAGCGCGGCUAGCCCCGCCCCCAGCACAGGGUUCAGUCAUGGUCUAGGGGGUCCUCUGAUUGCUACUGCGUUCACUAAUGGCUACCACUGA